UCAGACGCCAAGAGCUCGCUUUCCUCACUCCUCUCCAGCAACUGGAGAGGCAGGUCAAUGACCUCCGACUGGAGGCGACCCAGACGUCUGGUGGGGAGCCGGAGACUGACAGCCGUCCAAGUUCUGCUGAGCCUCUGCACCUGGACCGAGAGGAGAGCCUGAGUUAUGCCGACAGUGACUAUGUCUCUUCUGUUCCCCGCUCCUUCUCUGUGACCCACUCGGACUCACUCGAGGCCCUGAUGGACAUGCAGCCAAAGUACCAGUGUGACCUGAUAACCCGUGAUGGCCUGGACCUUUUCCCGUACCCGAGCCCGCUCCACGCCAUGGCAGUCCAGAGCCCUCUGCUCCGCCAAGUCCUGCGGGCAAACACUGACGAGAAACCCAUGUCGCCCAACUCCUACCUGAGUGGGUACAAGCUGGACGUCGAUGGUGAGAUGUUUUUCGGCUCCCAGGGUGACCUGCCCCAAGGCUUGGAGUCCGGGCAAUCAAAGAGGCUGGAGAAUUACAUAGCCGGCCUUGUUCACAAAAGGAUAUACCCGGUUCGAUCUAACAAGCCGAGGACUAGCCUCAGCACGGAUCCCAUAAAAGGUCUGAUGAGGCAGAGCAGCAUAUGCCAGAGGAGCAUGGAGGCCCCCAGCCCACCAAGCGCCAAUUGUGAGCCGACGCACCCCUCAUCCGAGCGAAGAAACAUCUCGAGUUCUCACAGCUUUGAGGGGAGCUUGCCAUCUCCAAAGUACAGGCCCCAGUGGAGUGCAAACAGGGAUCAGCUGCCGGCCAAGAAAAAUCUUCCGGCCUGCCAAACAGCGGACACCUUCCUUGCUGUCCUGCAGCAGCAAAAGAGCAUCGAGGAGGCCCAGUGUUCCCAGCAGAGCCUGAGGAAGCCGGUCAGGCUGAUGUCCAACACCCCACCCAUGAGGCCCACCUCGCUCGAGUAUCACGAUUUGAAUUAUCAUCCGGCCAUGAGGGGUUCGCCUCAGGAUAGUUAUUACCAAAACGUGUACGAGUUGGAUGACAGGCCUCAGGCCUUCCUGUCUGCUAGGCCCGAGCCCGUCGAGGCCCACUCCCCGCCUUUUGACCAGCGGGUCGGCUCGGAGGUCAGAGAUAAAAGCUCGCCCCCGCACAGCACGGACGACGCAGGGUACCAGAUGGUCAGCGCGCAGUACAUCCCGGCCCAGCAACCGUACAAAGCCCACGCCGCCAACCAGAGCGGCAAGGCCAAGGGCGUGCUGCUGAGCAAAGGCCGCUCUGUGGACGUGUCUCCCGAGGCGGGGGGCCCAGGCCUCCGGGAGAAGGGCAAAGCCUCGAGCAAGAAGUGCCGCUUCAGCGAGGAGGCCGAGCCGGCCAAGAGGAGCGGGCGGAAGCCUUCCCCCCGGGGCAAGAAGACCUGCCGCUCGCAGUCUGAGAACAGCCUCCUCAACCGGCAGGGCGCGGCCUGCGUCAAGUACAACACCGUGGAGCGGGACGAGGCCAUGGGGAGUAGGCCGCUGCGGCCCAGGCGCCACCCCAGCGGCAGCUACCGGCGCUGGAAGUCGACGGCAGAGAUUUGCCGGGAGGAGGGAACGGCGGCACCUGACGCUUACCCAGCCGCCGAGGGGCAGCGGCGGGCCAAGAGGUACCAGAAGACCCCUGGGGCCCCGGGGCACCCAGGCAGCGACUCGGAGUACCCGGCCGAGCGCCAGGAGCCUGGUGGGGUGGGGGCAGGGGAGGAGGGCGCCUCGGGCCUCAGGAUCUACCCCCCCAACUGCUUCGGCGACAGCGAGUCGAGCCUGAGCGAGGUGGAGUCCCCCGGCUUCAGCACCUGCUCCAGCGAGACGGACGAGGAGGGUGGGGGCCUGGUGUGGCCGCAGCAGGUGGCCCCCCAGGCCGCCGGGCGCGACGGGGGGCAGCCGAAGAUCUUCGUGAAGAUCAAGGCUUCCCACGCGCUAAAGAAGAAGAUCCUCCGCUUCCGCACGGGCUCCCUCAAGGUGAUGACCACCGUCUGAUGAAGGAACGAAAAGCAGACUGGCAUUUCAAUUUAGCGC